AUGGAAAGUUGCUGCACAGAGGGAUUUGGAGGCCUUGUGCUUGAUUCACGGAAAGUUCAGCAAACGAAAGGGAAGGAUCCACCCUCUCAGGUCUGGUUGCGAGCCCACUUGCGGAGAUUCAUCCAGAGUGCUUAUAUGACAUCCUAUUUGAAAUAUGAUUCUGAUGAACUUGAGCAAGAAUUGGAUGGUGUAAGAAGCAAGAGAUCAAAACUUGAACGACGCAAGAAAGCUUCUGCAUGGGAGCGGAAUCUGGUUUAUCCUGUUGUCAUGCUGAUACUACUGUCAGGAACGACAAUCUCUGUCCUUUUGGUUGCUUUCAAUAUACUGGCUCUGUUGGUUGAUGAAACUGCAAUGCCAAAAGGAUCACAGGAACUGGGCCUUGGUAAAGCUUCUCUGUCUGCAUUUGGGUUUGUUGGUGCAGCGAUUGAAAUCAUCCUGAUUUUCUAUCUGAUGGUGUCCUCUGUCGUCGGCUUCUAUAGCCUCCGGUUCUUUGCAGCCCUCACUCCCACGAAAGACGACACAACCAUGACAAAGAUUAUUGGAAAUUGUGUCUCAAUAUUGGUCCUUAGUUCUGCAUUACCGGUUAUGUCCCGAACCUUGGGGAUAACCAGAUUUGACCUACUUGGAGACUUUGGAAGGUUCAACUGGCUGGGCAAUUUUUACAUUGUGCUUUCGUAUAAUCUAUUAUUUGCUGUGGUAACGUCUCUCUGCCUGAUCCGGAAAUUUACAUCUGCUGUAAGAGAAGAACUUCUAAAAGCUUUAGGGAAGAGGCCAUCGACUUGUUUGGAGUCCAGUAAAGUAUUCAUUCAGUUAUCCAGCCUGCGCAUGCAUGAACGAGUUCACACUGGGGAGAGGCCAUUUACAUGGUCUGGUUGUGGAAACAAAUUCACCCAGUCAUCUGCCCUCAUAAGACACCAGCGUAUCCACACAGGGGAGAGGCCAUUCAAAUGCUCCAAGUGUGGGAGGUGGUUCAGAGAUUCAUCUGGCCUACAGGAAACCACAUUUGAUAAUCUGGUCACUACCUGA